CACGUUUAGUCGUCGCACGCGCCGCGCUUCCUGGUUCCUCGGUGUUGAUAUUCGCCGAUGUAAAUUGUUCAAAGUCAAACGGUAGUAAUUUUCUUGUGUUUUCUCGCCUUUAUUAAGAUGCCACCUGUUUGGGAUACAAUAACUAAGGAAUAAAAUCCACGUCCGGUUGAUUUUACCUGUAAUCCAGCCGCUUGUGUUCAGUGUUUGUGAUUUAGCAUGCUGUCAUCACCAGAUUUCCUGAGGGCACAGCGGGUUUGAUGCCCACUGCUCCAACAUGGAGCACUCCAAUUUUAUGACACACAAGAAUGGGCGUCAGAGGAAGGCGGCCGGUGUCGCCCCCUCAUCUGUAAGCAUGACGGACAUGGACAGGGUAGAGAUGAGCUCCCCUGAACCGGAGCUAGAAGGGGAAACAGAGGGUCUCAUAAGAUGGUCGGACACUGAGAACAGGAGGCCCACAGUCCAGCCUGGGGUCCGUGGCGAGUUGGGGAACGUUAUGCUUCUUCUGUUCCUGUACGUACUGCAGGGGAUUCCUCUGGGACUGGCGGGGAGCAUCCCUCUCAUUUUACAGAGUAAGAGCGUCAGCUACAAGGACCAGGCCUUCUUCAGCUUUGUCUUCUGGCCAUUUAGUCUCAAGCUUCUCUGGGCGCCACUGGUGGACGCGCUCUACUUCAGCAGGUUUGGUAGAAGAAAGUCGUGGCUGGUGCCCACACAGUACCUGCUGGGCCUCUUCAUGAUCUACCUUUCUAUGACAGUCAAUUCCCUGCUGCAGAGUGAGGGAGGACCAAAAGUGCUAACACUCACCGCAGUCUUCUUCAUGCUUGCCUUCCUGGCAGCCACACAGGACAUCGCUGUGGACGGCUGGGCCCUGACCAUGUUGUCCCGAGAGAAUGUGGGCUAUGCUUCUACAUGCAACUCUGUGGGCCAGACAGCUGGAUACUUCUUAGGGAAUGUGCUCUUUCUGGCUCUGGAGUCUGCAGACUUCUGCAACAAAUACCUCAGAGCAGAGCCCAAGGACACAGGCAUCGUCACCUUGUCAGACUUCUUGUUUUUCUGGGGGAUUGUGUUCCUGGUUUCCACCACGUUGGUAGCCAUCAUGAAAAGGGAAAACGGGCAGGACAGAGGGACAAGGAAAGUCCAAGAGAAGACACAGGGCGUCAUGGAAACCUACAAGCUGCUGUUCUCCAUCAUCAAGAUGCCCACCGUCUUCACCUUUUGUGCCUUGCUUCUCACUGCCAAAAUGGGCUUCUCUGCAGCAGACGCGGUCACAGGUCUGAAGCUGGUGGAGGCUGGAGUCCCUAAGGAGCAGCUGGCACUGCUGGCAGUGCCCAUGGUGCCUCUGCAGAUCCUGCUUCCUGUGAUCAUCAGUAAAUACACAGCGGGGCCCAGACCCCUGGAUGUCUUCUACAAGGCCUUCCCAUUCAGGUUGCUCAUAGGACUGUGGUACGCUAUGCUGGUAUGGUUAACCCCCAGUUUCAAACAAGACGGAGGGUUCCCUGUUUACUACUAUGCCAUAGUGCUGCUCAGCUAUGCUUUGCAUCAGGUGGCGCUGUACAGCAUGUACGUGGCCUGCAUGGCCUUCCACGCCAAAGUGAGUGACCCCUUCAUCGGCGGGACCUACAUGACGCUGCUGAACACCGUCACCAACCUGGGGGGAAACUGGCCCUCCACCGUGGCUCUGUGGAUGGUGGACCCCCUCACCUCUAAGGAGUGUCAGGGUGCAGUGGGGCAGAGCUGUGGCUCUCCGGAGGAGGUGGGGCUGUGCGUUAAGGAGGGCGGAGCUUGUGUGACGGCAUUGGACGGUUACUACGUGGAGUCGGUGGUGUGCGUAGUGAUCGGUUUAGUCUGGUGGGUGUGGUUAGGGAAGAAGAUGAAGCGGCUGCAGGAACAGAGCCCCGCCGCAUGGAGGUGCAGAUCAAACCACUGAUGACACUCAUCAUCCGGACUUCUGACUCCUCCUUUCUCGCACAGCUUAACGGUGGACAUGUUGUUCCACUCUCGUCCAUCCUGUUUACUCCCCGUUCCAGCCACCUUCCACCUUCACGUGCAUUCAUCUGAUGAAAGAUAUUAUCGUCUCUCUAGAGGUAAACAUCCUUCUCAUCAUUACUCCAGAGAAGAGAAGUGAUACAUGCUAGCUACAACGUUUUAUUUUUCAUCCUGAAUCUUUACUUUGCUGCUUCAAACAGCCUUACCAAACGAGAGCUGAGUCAAAGAGCGUGUUCACAUCUAUUUCUGGGUUUGUUUUUAUCAUCUUGGAUAGCCAGUGUGUGGCUCGAAAUGUUAGCCAAAAAAUCUUGAAUCUUGAGACCCCUCCACGAAAACAAAUACCAUUAGUUAACAAAGCACUUCAGAAUCUUGUUCCCAGCAUUGAAUCUGUAUUACAGCGAUACUAAAGGGAACCGACACAUACACAUGUACUUCUUCCAAUGAACUGUAUGCACUUGUGUGAAAAUAAUUUCCCUCAGAAUAUCUGUGGCUGUUAAAUCCAAGUAAAUUAAACCCAGUGUGAAGACUAUCUAUCAUUGCUGUUUGACUCAGAUCUGAACCAAUGUUUUUUUAUGAUUAUUUAAAUAUAUGUUUUCCUUUUGAGUGAUUUGUGCCUUGUUCACUGUUUCAAAGCCAGUUUAGUUUGGGUUGAAUACUGAAGGCAGGGAAUAUAACAUUUAAAGUGGAUGAAGACGCAUUGAGUAACACUGUUUUCUGUAGUAAAUGACACAAAACAUUCUUUAGUUUUUAUAUACUUUGUGAUUGGAUGCUCAGCACACAUUCCUCAUGAUGAGCUGUCUGAAAUAUGAAAUGUUUAAGAAAUCUUUUUUUCUGAUCAGAAUAGUUUUUCUAAGCAACUUUUAAUGUCUGAGAUUAAAAUCUGAAUUCUAUGAAAAUUAUAAAAAAUUAGGAGAUCAUUUUCCUCAAUAAUUCAUUUUUAAUUUCAAAAUUGACCGAGGGGUAGACCUAGGACCAGGUGGAGGGAUUAUAUCUCUUCGCUGGCCUGGGAGCGCCUUGGAAUCCCCCAGUCAGAGCUGGUUGAUGUGGCCAGGGAAAGGAAAGUUUGGGGCUCUCUGCUGGAGCUGUUACCUCCGCGACCCUGACGGAAAAGCGGGAGAAGAUGGAUGGAUGGAUGGAUGGAUGGAUGGAUGGAUGGAAAUUCUGACUUUUUUUUCUCCUCAGAAUGUAUUCUCCUCAGAAUGUUGACUUAAUCUCCGAUCUCGAGAAAACAUUCACUUUGGGUCAGAUCUCAAAACAAAAAUACCACACAUGGCCCUUAUCCUCUUCCGUAGUUUUCUCUAUUAUCGGACCAAUUCAAAUCUUUAAAGCAAUAUUUGACAGUGCAGCUUUAAACUUUUUUACUAUCAUUUUUUUUUGAAGUUGCAAGAAGAAAACGAAGAAAUAUUUGUCCAUAAAUGUUUGUUAAAUCGUUUUAGGUCUCGCAGCAUUUUCCAGUUUUACAGAUGCAUUCAUUUUGAGACACGUUGUAUGUGAAAGGUCAAUAUGCUGUACACCAACUAUCAACUCUACAGAUUAGUCCUACAGUAAUUAAGACAUCCAUAAAGUUUUGCAGUUGUUUUGGCACCUCCCAUCUAAAGGGGACGUUAACACCAACCUGAAAAGUUUGUAAAUACAUGAAUAUUUCCUGCUCCAAAAAACAAUUCAUCUCCCAAACCAGCAGUACGGUGGGAAAGCAGAUGCCGUUAAAGUCUUGCCUGUUGUACAUAGAAGUGAAUGUUACAGUAUUUUCUCGAAUCCAGCGUUUAAAUACAACAUGUAAGGACACAA